AUGGAUCCUUUCAAGAAACUACCACUCGAGACUGCAUUUGAGAUUUUAACUCGUUUACCAGGUGACACGGUGCUUGAUUGCAAAUCUGUCUGCAGAGAUUGGAGAAAGAUUGUUCGUAUUGUUUCUAGGUAUCCAUUAUUCAUUCAGAAGCACUUGUAUCGUCUCAAUCAACCAUCUGCUGCCGAGGAUUCUUGUAAGUUGGGAUUUCUUGCUUUAACUGAGAGAGCAUAUUACUAUUUUGAAUAUAAUGAUGAUCAGAAUCAUGAGUUAACCGAACCAGUUAAGAAAAUUAGAGAGAUUAAUUCAGCAUGCAUUGGUGAUGGUUCUUACUCCUGUAAUGGCUUAAUCUGUCUUGCUCGAGAUGACAUUGAAUCACCUGUUUGUAUCUUUAACCCUUUUACCAGAGAAUAUGUUAUGCUUCCAGAACUUAGGAACCAUAUAGAGUCAAUAGAUAAGCAUACAAAUGAGUGGGAUGAUUGGUCCUUCGGAUUUGGUUACAUUUCUGCAACAAAUGAGUACAAAGUUGUAGGGAUAUAUGGGUCGGAUUCCGGCUAUCUAGAAGUAUACAUAUACACUCUUGGCACCAACGGAUGGAGAGAUCUUGGAAGAAACUUCAGUGAUGAAUUUAGACCCAAAUAUGGAUAUGGAGAUGUACAUGGUAGCUUUGCUAAUGGAGCUCUUUACUGGAUUGGCAAUGAGGUGCAAAAGAUUGUGAUCUUCGAUUUGGUUGAGGAAAAGUUCUGCGAACAUCUUGCACCACCUCCUUUGCCACCAAACAGGAAUUUGAUUAAUCAGACAAUAGGGGUUUUGGAUGGCGUAUUGUAUAUUGCACUUUAUGUUGAAGAUGGAUGUUAUGACAUAUGGCUAUUAAAGAAGAAGAAUGAUAAUCACGACAAGAAAGGAGACAAACAUCAGUCAUUUGAAUGGAGUAAAGAGUUAAGGGUAGCCGAUAAUGAAUUAUUGGCCGUUACGAAGAGCGGUGGUGUUUUAACUUACUCGAAUACCGCAGAAAGGGUUUGGGAUUUCAAGCAAGAAGUGGUUCUUCGAGUAUUCCCCCACAAGAACACCUUCAUAUCGCUGAAAGACUUGGGGGAAGAACAGACGAAAAAAUUGAAGUCAAAUAAAGGAGGCAGAAAGCCGUGA